UGUACAGUGGACAUUGGUACAAUGGUGUUAAUCAACUAUACUUCACUUUUUAAAAAUUUUUAAACAUGUCCAGAUUAGGGAAAUCCUGAGACAGCAAGUUAACUGUUGGCCAGAGGCCAAGGGGGCAGGCUGGAUGGAUGGGGGUGACAGCUAAAAGGUGCAAGUUUCCGUUCUGAGGUUUUAAAAAUAUCCUAAAAUUGAUCUUGGGAUAGUUGCAGGCCUCUGAAUAUAGUUGAACAGAGAAACCAUCCAAUUAUAUACUUUAAGUGUGUGAAUGGUGGCAUGUGAGUUAUAAAUCAAAAAAAAAAAAAAGCUGCUGCAAAUACACACACACAGAGAAAGAGAGGAAAACACCCUCGAUUCCACCCACCCGGAGUGAACCACUGUUAAGACCUCCAGGCCGGGAGAUACUUUGUCUUAGCUUCUUUUUACUCACACUUAUGUCUCACCGACGUAGCCUCCCAAGGGAACCUGCUAAGGAUUUCAAGCGAGGAGGAUUUUCAGCAAACACUCUGAAGCAAAUGCAUCCAGUUUAUUAGGAACACCAAGCCUCACACUUUUCCUGAUCCAGACUGUCCUUUGUCUAUUUGCUUUCCCCUGAUUUGUCACCCAGGUCUCUCAUCCUUGGGUUCCCCCAAGAGGCAGGUCCAUCCCUCCAGCCCCAUUUCGUAACCAAGGCAACUGAGUGCAAGUUUUAUUCACACCCGUUCUGAUUUCUUCCCAGCUCCUAAGCCUGGGGCUCAGAAGAUGUCAUGGGUGAAAAGCUGGGAGCUGCCAAGGGAGCCAGGACAGAGUGAAGGGGAGCAUCCGAUUUGGUCCCCAAACACCCAUCCAACUUGGAGGCAGAAAGUGGGACAUGAUGCGCUCAGGAGGACCGUUAGGUCUCUUUGAGGGGUCCCUGCCGCUGACCUGCUGCUCUCCAUGGGGAAAAAAAAAAAAAGCCUGGGCGGGGGGUGGCAGGCCUGUUUGCACUCAGGGCACUUAGUGCAGCCAAGCUGAGCUGCACUGUUCAAACAGACUCCCCAGCCUCCGAACACCUGUGCCGCCAGGGAGGGUAAGGCAGGCAGGAGGCCAGACCAGGUCCCCGGGCGCUUCCCGCCUCUGUUUCCACAGCCGCCCCCACGGCCCUGGCACAGUCCUGGGCCUGCCAUGCCCCGCACCGGGCUCUGCAGCCGCUGGGGCGGCCGGGUGCUGCCCCUGCUCCUGGCCUACGUCUGCUACCUGCUGCUCGGCGCCACCAUCUUCCAGCUGCUGGAGAAGCAGGCAGAGUCUCAGUCCAGGGACCGGUUCCAGUUCGAGAAGCUGCGCUUCCUGGAGAACUACACCUGCCUGGACCAGCAGGCCGUGGAGCAGUUUGUGCAGGUCAUCAUGGAAGCCUGGGUGAAGGGCGUGAACCCCAAAGGCAACUCCACCAACCCCAGCAACUGGGACUUCGGCAGCAGUUUCUUCUUUGCGGGCACGGUCGUCACCACCAUAGGAUAUGGGAAUCUGGCGCCCAGCACAGAGGCAGGCCAGGUCUUCUGUGUCUUCUACGCCCUGGUGGGCAUCCCGCUCAAUGUGGUCUUCCUCAACCACCUGGGCACAGGGCUGCGUGCCCACCUGACCAUGCUGGAGAGGUGGGAGGACCAGCCCAGACGCUCCCAGCUGCUGCAGACCCUGGGCCUGGCCCUCUUCUUGGCACUGGGGACGCUGCUCAUUCUCAUCUUGCCGCCCAUGAUCUUCAGCCACGUGGAGGGCUGGAGCUUCAGCGAGGGCUUCUACUUUGCCUUCAUCACCCUCAGCACCAUCGGCUUCGGGGACUAUGUUGUCGGCACGGACCCCAGCAAGCAUUACCUCUCGGUGUACCGGAGUCUGGCAGCUAUCUGGAUCCUCCUGGGCCUGGCAUGGCUGGCACUGGUCCUCCCACUGGGCCCCCUGCUUCUGCACCGGUGCUCCCAGCUCUGGCUUCUAGGCAGAGGCCUCGGUCUCAAGGAAGGGGGAGCCCCCGAGACCAAUGGGCUCCCUAGACCUCAGAAGAUUCCCAUCUCUGCAUGAACCCCCCCAAUCCAUGGCCUCAGAAGCCCCUCACAGCAUCCUUUGUCCACCCCAUAGGCCCCCUGGAUUUCUUGCCACACCUCCUCCUUGGCCAACCCACUCACUUCCCAGCCAGAGCUGGUCUCAGGAGCUCUCCAGAGAGAGAAAGGAGACAGGAGGGCCCAAGAAAGUGACAGAAAGGAGACAGAACAGGAGACGGAUGUGUGCGGAGCAAGAUGUGUGCUGCGAUCCCCGAGCCCCUCCCUCAAAAGUGACCUGUGGGGACGUCCCUGGUGGUCCAGUGGUUAAGGCUCCACUCUUCCAAUGCAUGGGGUGUGGGUUUGAUCCCUGGUCAGGGAACUAAGAUCCCACUUGGCCAAAAAAUUAAAAAAAAAAAAAGACCUGAAAAAGUUGAAUCCAGACAUGGAUCAUUAUGACCAAAUCUCCAUCGCGCUUCCUGAACUGCCCCCACCCCCCACCCCAGAAGAUCUCAUACAGGACAAUAAACAAAGGGCCGCUGUAUCUGUGCCUCAUCUGAUACGUGUGCGGGGCGUCAUCAGGCCCCCAGUGUGCGUCAGGCGCUGGGCCAGGCUCCAGGGCAGCAAGUGACGCUCCUGCCCCCCAGGUGGAAGGACUAGACAAGCAGAGAGGCAACUCCGACCCAGUGACCAAAACCUCAUGGCAUGGGCAGACCAGGAUAUGACGUGCGCCCAUGGGACCCGCUGGCCCAGGCAGGGACUCUGGAGU